GGCAGUACCUGGGUCUAGUCGCUUGCUUGAGGUGGUUCGGAUGAUGAUCCGAGGACAUCAGCUGAUGCAACACUUACGAGACCCCAACAUUCCGACAACUGGACUUUAACUUUGCCGGAAUUGCAACUUCUUGCUAAUGUGGAGGAAACACCUUGCUAAUCAUUAACCAGGUCCAGGCUUGCAGCAUCGGUGAACAUCACCAGGAGAUUCCUCAUGUUGAGAGCUACAUGAUCAUCCGAACCACCUCAAGCAAGCGACUAGACCCAGCCCAAAAAUGUGGAGAUGGCUUGCAGUGACCAUUAUGAUAUACGGAUGUUCCAGCCAAAUGCUGUUUGACAAUAGUGAAAAUCAAUGCGUUACAUUUCCUCCUGACCCUGAAGCAUAUAUGAAUGUGACACAACUAAUCAGCUACCGAGGAUAUCCUAGUGAGGAAUAUGAGGUGGUCACUGAAGAUGGGUACAUCCUAACUGUCAACAGAAUACCACAUGGCUCUAGGCAUCAGUCUGGAGAAACUAAACCAGUGGUAUUCCUACAGCAUGGCCUGCUUGCGGAUGCCAGCAACUGGGUCACAAACUUUGAAUACAAUAGUCUGGGCUUCAUGCUGGCAGAUGCAGGUUAUGACGUGUGGAUGGGAAACAGUCGGGGUAAUACCUGGUCUCGGAGGCACAAGACUCUGUCCCCUGCAGAAAGCGAAUUCUGGGCUUUUAGUUAUGAUGAGAUGGCAAAGAAAGAUCUUCCUGCAGUGAUAGAUUUUAUUUUGCAAAAAACAGGCCAGAAGCAAUUGUAUUACAUUGGUCAUUCACAGGGCACUACUAUGGGAUUCAUUGCAUUUUCUACCAUUCCAGAACUGGCAAGUAAAAUUAAAUUAUUUUUCGCUCUUGCUCCUGUGGCUACUGUUAAAUAUCCUAUUGGUCCAGUGGCAGCUGCCAGAUGCUUACCAACUUUUUUAGUUAAGCCAUUGUUCGGUGAUAAGCUCUUCAUUCCACAAUCAAAGCUUACUAGGUUCCUUUCCAGAAAAUUUUGCAAUCAUUUUCUAUUGGAUGAACUAUGUGGCAAUGUCUUCUUCCUCUUGUGCGGGUUUAAUGAACAGAACUUAAACAUGACUCGUGUCCAUGUGUACACUUCCUUUUGUCCUGCUGGAACCUCUGUACAAAAUAUGAAACACUGGUUACAGGCUAUCCACACUGGGAGACUGCAGGCUUUUGAUUGGGGCUGUGAGGGAAAUCAGAAGCAUUAUAACCAGAGCACUCCUCCUUUAUAUGAUGUGACAAACAUGACUGUCCCCACGGCUCUCUGGAGCGGAGAAAAUGACUGGCUUGCUGACCCGCUGGAUGUAAAUUUAUUGAUCCCUAAAAUCAGGAACUUGGUCUAUCAGGAAGAGAUACCAAAAUGGGAACAUCUAGAUUUCAUAUGGGGUCUUGAUGCUCCACAAAAGUUAUACAAAAAAAUCCUUGAGCUCCUGAAAAUAUAUACAUGACCUCCAUUACAUAUGACAGAUACCUGGAACUAGAAUACGGUAUUCUGUAAGGAGAGAAAGGAGAAACAUCUUCAACCCUUUUGCAAAUAUUUUCAAUGUACCAUUUUACUGAAAACAAGCUCAGAUCAUAGUAUGAAUUUCAAUAUAAAAAGUUUUAUAAAUUA